AUGAACCUCACCCCCUCUGACCCUUCAACUUUCAUCCUGACGGGCAUCUCUGGCCUGGAAUCUGCCCAUGAAUGGAUUUCCAUCCCUUUCUGUAUCUCCUACAUUAUCAGCCUGCUGGGAAAUUUCAUGCUUCUGUUUAUUGUAGGCAAAGAGCCAACACUGCACAAGCCAAUGCACCUGCUGUUCUGCAUGCUGGCGCUCACAGACAUUUCCACAUGUAACUCCUUCAUGCCGAAGGCAUUGUGUAUAUUUUGGUUCAAUCUGAAAGACAUUACUGUGGGUGGCUGCCUCACCCAGACAUUCUUCCUACACAUGAAUUCUAUUAUGCAGUCAGCCACCCUUGUAAUAAUGGCCUUCGAUCGCUAUGUUGCCAUAUGUUGCCCUCUGAGAUAUACCACCAUCCUCACCAAUGGACGAAUAGCUAAGCUAGGGCUAGUGGGUUUUUUAAGAGCUGUUCUCUUGUCUCUGCCCAUGCCUCUGCUCCUGAGCAGGCUGCCUUUCUGUGCCAACCGCAUUAUCCCCACCACGUUCUGUGAGAACAUAGCUGUAGCGAAGAUGUCAUGUGGGGACAUCACAGUCAACAGGACAUAUGGCUUGGUGAUAGUGUUUCUAGUCAUCGGGUCAGACCUGAUGCUCAUUGCUCUAUCCUAUGGUCUAAUCAUCAGGGCCAUCCUCAGAAUCUCCUCUAAGAAAGCCCAUCAAAAAGCCAUCAACACUUGUACAGCCCACAUAUCUGUCAUGCUGAUGUAUUAUACUCCCGGCCUCUUCUCCAACCUGAUGCACCGCUUCGGUCAGGGCAUUGCUCCCUACAUUCACAUCAUCUUGAGCAACCUCUAUCUUCUUGUUCCUCCCAUGCUCAACCCUAUCAUUUAUGGGGUCAAAAGCAAAGAGCUUCGUGACAAAGUGGGCAAAUACACCUGCAGAAGUUAA